AGGGGAAUGACUACACGAGCAGAGGGGGGAGGGAAGACAAUUUCCUUUCUGUAGCGCACACGCCACAAGAAUAUACACCGGGAUACGGACAAAAAAAACAGGGAAGAGAGGGAAGGAAAUACCGCAGCCCCGUUGUCUUUUGUUUUGGGAAAUCAACUAAAGCAGAAAAAAGGAAUAACAUGGAGAGAUAUCUUGACGAGGAUUGACUUUCAAUAACCCCUCCUCUCUGGUAAAAGUAUCGCAAUUAGACUGAGAAAAAGCGGUAGCGAGGACAUGUUUAGGGCUUUUUUGGCUUGAGAUAUCGGUAGGAUGUUGUUUUGUCAAAUAUUUCUUUCUCCGGCGCAAUAGUAAGGGGUUAAUAGUGACAGCGUAAUGUUCAUGACAUAAUAUUGUCAAGGAGAUAUCUAACAUCGCUUUGUUUUGUAAAUCUAAAGCCUAGGCCUUACAGUGGACAUUGUACAUGACUAGUAGGCUAAACAUAUGCCUAUAGCCUACUAGAUUAAAAUUAGCUGCCCACGUAUUCGAUAGGUGUUUUUUAUAUCCGACCAACCUGUACUGCAGUAAGGAAGCGAGCGUUUGCAAAUAAGAGGGUAAAAUAAUAGGCUACACAAUCCAUUUUGUUGCCUACAUCGAAUUGGAUGAUCAGAUUAAUACUGAUCAUCUUUCAACUCGUAUUAGGGUUGCAUAGCUUUGAUUGCAUUACAAUUGAAAUCCUAUUUUAUUAACAGCAUUUGAUUGUUGGGAGUAUUUCCUGUUGACAAGCCAGAUACCAAGGCAGAAAGGUGACCAAUAUUAGGAGAUAAAUCCAGAUUUAGAAAUAGACGGGGAACAGAAGGGAAUUUUAAAUGUUAAUGUCGACCGACGUAGCAUCAAUCAUGCUGCCCGUGUCCCGGGGAUUGAUGGACCGGGAUAGAGAGCUGGACACAAUGGCUAGAGUGCAUCCCAACUCAAGCGGAGGUCCUGCAGCUGUUCGGGGGAUGAAGCGAGGGGAUCCGGAGCCCGACGCGCAAACAUCGGCAGCACUGUUGGACUCGACCGGGGCAGAAUGCAAGCGUCCCCGGAUUGACGGAGCUGGAGUAAUGGCAGAGGUCGGCCAGAACAACGAACCCUUGGCCCUGGGUUACCAUGGAUACCCCCCUCACAAUCAGGGAUCUCAGGAUACUACCGGUGGUCAGGAGGGCCUGGUUCCCCCGCCCUUCUCCACCUUCCCCCCGCCUCCCCCUCCACCCCCCCAGAACGGCCUGCCGCUGGAGUACGGGGCCACGCUGUACACCGCCGGCGCGGUGCAGGGCCCCGUGGAGGCCGGGGCCGCCUCGAACACCGCAACAAACGCACCCAACAGCUUGAACAGCCAAUCGGAUGGCACCUCCCAGAUUGAUGUCCAAUCCGGGGUGGGUUCAGGAGGAGGGGGCGGCGGCGGCGGGGGGUCCUCAGGGGACGACACGGACGCCAAGGGGAGCCCCAAGCGCCUCCACGUAUCCAACAUCCCCUUCCGCUUUCGAGAUCCCGACCUCCGGCAGAUGUUUGGGCAAUUUGGAAAGAUCCUCGAUGUCGAGAUUAUAUUCAACGAAAGGGGCUCAAAGGGCUUUGGCUUCGUCACGUUCGAGACCAGCGCCGAUGCGGAGAGGGCCAGGGAGAAGCUCCAUGGCACCUUGGUGGAGGGCCGUAAGAUCGAGGUCAACAAUGCCACAGCCAGGGUGAUGACCAAUAAGAAGAUGGUCACCCCAUAUUCAAACGGAGAAGGACUUGCUGCCCUUCCCUACGCUGGUUGGAAGCUCAGUCCAAUGGUUGGGGCCAUGUACAGUCCAGAGCUGUACACUGUGCCGGGGUUUCCCUACCCUGCGGCGGCUGCAGCUGCGUCCUCGGCAGCGGCGGCGGCGACCUUCCGGGGUGCUCACCUCCGGGGACGUGGCCGACCGGUGUACAGUGCCGUUAGGGCAGCCGUACCCCAGCCCGCCAUCCCCACCUACCCUGGUGUGAUGUAUCAGGAUGGCUUUUACGGUGCAGCCGAACUCUAUGGAGGCUACGCCGCGUAUCGCUACGCCCAGCCAACCGCCGUAGCCACGCCCACGGCGGCUGCGGCGGCCGCCGCUGCUGCAGCCUACAGUGACAGCUAUGGACGGGUGUACACGACAGACCCCUACCACGCUGCACUAACCCCAGCCACGGCUGCUGCCUACGGGGUGGGAGCAAUGGCCACGCUGUACAGGGGAGGCUACAGUAGAUUUGCUCCUUACUAACAAAAAAAGACUACAUUUCCCAGGAGCCUCUUUUUUUUCCUCUCAAACACUCUGAAUGAGAACCCUCCUCUCCCCUCUGUGGCCCUGGAGGAGGAUUGUAGUCUGGAAAAGGAUUCUGGAGUCCUACCAAUAUUUCAAAACCCAGUCCCUCUUUUUUCUCAUAUAUAUUCUACAAUAAAGGAAUGCUAUUUUGAAGACUGAUGGGAGGCCAUGAAAAAAAAAAAAAAAAAAAGAAUCUCUGAACCAAAAUGGCUAUCAGAUCCCAUUGCACGGCUGUAUAUUAUUCCCCAACCCCUUACUUCAUAAGUUACUCCCAUGACACUCAGCAGCACAAGACACGCAAUGGAGCCCCUGAGUACCUCCAGAGCUCAUCUAACAACAGCUGAUGCACGGAAAAGUUGAGUACAAUGAGAAAGCCUGCAUCCAUGUUCAAGAGCCAAUUCUGUAUACAAACCGAGCAUACAAAAUGGAGGGGACCCAUCGCCGAGGUCAUCAGUCAAAAGAGGCACGGGGCUUGCAGAAGUAGGGUAGAGCACCAAAAUGGCGCCAGAUGCUUAUUUGGAACAGAACUACAAGCGGCAAACUUUAACUCAAUUUGUUCCUCUAGGAAGGGGGGGGGGUGAUGGAAAAUCAUGUCAUUUUAGCAGAAAAACUACAAGACUUCAACGGUUGGGACGUGGAAAUAAGUGGACUGAAAGUUUAUAACACUAUAGAGAAUUACUUGCUGAAAACUAGGAGGAGGAUGAUUAUUCUAGCUGUACCUUACCUCAAGUUUUCUUAGUCUGUGGAAAUGGUGAACCUUUAAAAAUGUAAUUGUUACAAUAUGCAAAGAAAUUAGUUUAGAGAGAAAAAAGUUACCAAACUAUUAUUAUUAUUAUUACCAUCAUAAUUGCCAUCAUUAUCAUUAGUUUCAACUACACAUUCUUUACUUAGCAGUUUUGGUUCUCGUAGCACUGAGAUAAAUGUUCCACGUUCAGUGGACCCCGAAGCUAGGAUGAUAAUGUGGACUGUUGUCCACAUGCCAAUCUUCUAUGGAGAUAACUAUUGAACACAACACAAUUUUAUCAUUGCCUACCAGUGUACAACAGCCAAGACCUAAUAUUAACAAGUCAACAAUAUACUUAGAACUCUAUCCAACACUGUCCAUCGCAAUCCAUAAAAGUAACAGGUUAAUUAUUAUUGCGUAGGCAAUGUUUGGCUUAGCUUAAAUCAUAAAAUGCUAACAUUAGAUUAACUUUAGCUAUUGGAUAAACAAAUUCAUUUUUAAUUCCUUUCACAAUUUACAGUAGAACAUUUAUUAUUUGGAGGUAAUGAACCCGCUCUUUCUUUAAAGGAGCAAGUAAAAAUCAAGUACAGUCUUCCUAAGAAAUAGCUACGUUGGUCAUUAUAGAUGACAUGCUGUCUACAACUAUUGAUUGCGAGAGAUUCCUUCAAUAUGAGUCGAUAGAAGAUAUUUAAUGCAAAAUACCAUACUAUUGUGUAUAUUUCUAUAUCCUUAUACUCUAUUUCCGAUUGUGGUUGUUUUUCCUUUGUUUUUGUUUUGGUUCCAAAGAUUUGUAGAAAGCACAUGUUUGCUUAUGUAUAAAUAUAUUAUCAUCGUUAUUGUGGUUAUUAUUAUGAUCCUCGUAAUCCUAAUUGCUGUCCUUUUUUGUUACUUUAGCUCAUGUUAUAUUUUUCUAUCUGUAAAUGGUGUAGUUUCUCCAAAAGUAAGGUGAUUCAAUUCAUCAAAGUUUUGGAGUUAUUUUGUUUGGUUUUGUAUUGUUGUUUUCCUGGGCAGAGGGGAGUGAAUACUUGAGUAGUUAUACAGAGGGAUCAACAAGGAAUGGGUAUAACACUACCAAACUUCUUCUCUUUGUUGAGUGAACUGAUAGUCCAAGCUUUUUUAUGGGUGGAGACAAGGGACGGCUAGCACAGUAUGGAGAAGUAUUUCAACGUUUAUAUGACAAGCAUAAAUGCUAGCCGUCUCGUUUCCUUUCAACGUCCAAAGUUUACAGUGGACUGAAUGAUUGAGUGAUGACAUGGCACUUCUAAGGGGUGACACCAAUCUCUUUGUAAGAAAAAAAAAGAAACCACACAUUUCAGUGCUCAAGCCUGUGGGUUGGAGUUGUAUGGAAGAGAGGAGUGCCUGCCUCGUCGCCUCCAUGUUGAAAGUAGGUUUAAGGCGGAUGUAAAAAAAAAAAAAAAAAAAGAUAUAAAAAAAAGGUUCUAAGUGUUAUCCUUUGUAAAAUGGUAAUUGUUUCAAUACUGACAAAGUUGACAAAGACAAUGUUAUGUGGGGCAUGAACUAAGUAAUAUGAAACACUAUUUCAAAUGCUGCAAAGUCAUGUUUUGUUUUUAACAUUUUUUGCAUUGUAUCUUCUUUUAAUCUUACUGCUGCCUAUAUGUAUCUUAGUGGGAAAUCAAAUACAUCAACAGGUCAAUAACUUCUUAACGGUCAUGUGCUUUGUAGUUGGUAGCCUAAUCUUGCUGUUGAGUUUAGUUGAAUUCUUUUAAUUAUUUGACUUUUCAAUACUUACGUAUUGCAACAGGAAGUGCUUUGAAAGAGGAUAGCUAAAAACAAGCAGCCAAAGUGUUGUAAAAAGGCCCUCUCGCCUUUGGCUACCAACUGGAGAAAUGAUCAGUGAAAUGUACGAGAGUUUAUCUAUGUUCCCAGGGUCCUAAAUUUCCUUCUUCCAAUGUUUCCAAGUUGAAAAUUUCGUUAACAAUAUUCACAUCAACACUUUUAUUGUCUUUGGGUCAAAUUUGAUUAUCAAAAAUGUCAAGUUUCAUACAUAUAAUAAAUGUUAUCCCGUUUUUAUUUAUUGGAAUAAGGCUUCAAAACAGCUAAGCCUAUAUAAGGCAACACAACAAAUCAUUGUGAUUUGAUUUUAAGGUCUAACUCUAACCAUUAUGUGCUAUAUAGAUCUGGCGAACAUAGUACCUCGGAACAUAGGAAUGACUCCAAAUGUAAAAGACUGAAGACCUAUUGAACCAUUGAAGGCAUGGACAACCAGCAUGAGUGACACUCUCCAGGAGUGGAGUUUGAUAAAUGUUUGUAUUGCAUGAUUUUUCUGUCUUUUUAAGAUUAUGACUUGUUGAGCAGCAUCCAGUUGCAUUCUUCUGUACCACUAAAGCCCCCCAUUGAGAAUGCCAGGCAGCUAGCCAUUUCAUGCAAACGCAAAGCUAGCUCGCUAAUGUUGUGAAGAGGAAGAGCACAGAGCUUUUUGGCUAAGAGGCCCGGUGACAGACAAAAUGGCCGCCCCAAGACGUAAAAACAUGGGGUAGAUUUAAAGUCCCUGUCAUGGUUUCCUUGUCAUUGUAUUAUAUUAGCUAUGUGGUUGUUCUUCAUAAUCGCUAUGGUUUCCAAUGAAAGUGACUGUCCUCUUUUAAUCUAUUCCCCUCUGUCAUGUCUAUCCCUUGACUGCCAUUAUGCUAUUUUGUUAUUGAAUGUCCAUAUUAAAAUCUUUUAUAUAAAA